UACUUAGCUCAUAAACAAUCAAUUUAACCAGUUAACAAAAUUAAAUCCAUAAAAAAUUUCAAAAUUAAAUUAAAUUAUUAUCUCCCGCCAAUACACUUUAUAAAACCAAAUAAAAAUAAAUAUAUAUUUUUAAAAUGUACAAAUGUAUAUAUACAUAAAUAUAUAUAAUAUAAUGUAAAUAUGUAUCUAUGAGCUUAAGAUAUAAAAAAAAAUCGUAGUAUUGUUAAAAAAUGUCAGAGCUGGGAUAAAAUAAGUUUUGAGCCAGGGCGCUGCUGCUGUCAUGAUCAAGACCCAGUCUCAAGUCUCAACAUGGCGUUCGUGAUUGUCUAGUAUUGUAAGGGCUUCUGUGGUCUGUUUCAUGUGUAAUUUUUCAAAUUAUAUGCAUUUAAAUGUUUCAAUAAUGUAUAUUGUAAUACCAUCAAGAUAUAUUACUAAAUAUAAGCAAACAAUUUUCCUCGUAAUUAAAAGUACGUAGCUGAGUUUCUCACAUGUCAAGGAGUCCAGUGAUAAUUGGAAUUUAGUAUAUUAUAAAAAUUCAAGUUUUAUAUAUAAUAUAAAUUCGCGCUUGUGAAACAGCUACGGGCUUGGCAAUCUUUAAAUACAAUAUAUAUUCUUUUGUUAUCUUCAACAAAUUACUGGAAACAAAAACGUGCUGGAGAAAUAAUUUGAUUUAUUAAGUAAUUUUUUUGUUUACUUAACAAAGAAAAUUAAUAAUAAUAUACGUACGUAUAUAUAGAGGAUUAUAUACUAGUGGAAUUACGUUAUUUAUAAAUAAAUAAUAAGUUAAUAAAAUGGCUGAGACAAUGAGAAUGAGAAUUUAUGGAAAACAUCCAACUUGUGCGAGUUUAGCACGACUUGAAGAACGUAGGAGUCGUAGACUGGCUCUCCGACUAGACAGAAAUCGUAAACCAGACAAACCUGAAGACUUUGUCUGCUAUGAGUCAAGUGACGAUGAAGAAGAAACGGUUAUGGAAGGUCGUCAGUAUUUAAAAACAUCAUUUAAUUUUGUAGAUUACGUCCGUGCACGUGAAACAAAUACCAAGGAAGUUAGGAAAAUAAAUCAAGAAUAUGGCUCUCGGCAUAUAUUGACUCAUGAUUUAUUUAAAGAGUAUCCUAUUACUCUAACUAAUAUGAACAAAGUAUUUUGUUCUCAGUGGCUGAGUGAUAGACAAGUUGUUUUCGGUACUAAAUGUAAUAAACUUAUGGUUUAUGAUGUCGCUACGCAAAAAUUAGAUCAAAUACCAUCUUUACAUAGUCGUAAUUCAAAUUCUAAUAAUGCUUCUGCUGCUGACCAACAAUCUGGGAUUCAUUCUGUUCAAAUAAAUCCAUCGAGAACACUCUUAAGUACCGGAGGUAGAAAUUGUAAUGAAAUAGCGAUUUAUCGACUGCCAACAUUAGAUCCAGUCUGCGUUGGUGAAAAUGGCCACAGAGACUGGGUAUUCGACAUGUGUUGGCUUGAUGACGAGUUUCUGGUAUCGGGCUCGAGGGACACGAAGAUGACGUUGUGGCGGGUAAAUAAUGAACUUGCCACAGCUUCUGACAAAGCGGAUGUUCCAAAGCCCGAAUCCAUUCAACCUGUUUGUAUGAAAGAAUGUCGGUCAGCGUCAAAAGUUCGUGCAUUGGUAUUUAAUAAAGCUAUGAAUGAAAUAGCAGCGCUGUCUUUAAAUUGUUAUAUACAUAUUUGGUCUGCGGAAACGUUUAAACAGAAAAUAUCAAGAAAACUUCCAGCUUGUCAAGAAAAUGUUUGUUUAGCUGUUCAGGAUGGUGGUGUCUAUGCAGUUGGAUGCCGCUCUUAUACUCUUUUAUUAGACGCACGAACACUUCAACCAAUUAAAAAAAUACCAUCACGAUAUACUGGCUGUGGAAUAAGAUCGGCUAGUUUCCAAGGUUCUGUACUGACAAUUGGUACAGGUUUAGGGAUGCUGAUGUUUUAUGACGUCAGAGCUCAAAAAUAUUUAGAAUCUUCAAUAAAUUCAAAUCGAACGGUUGUCUUGAAAGCUUCUAAAGGAUAUGUUUUUCCAGAUGAAGAAUUUAUGGACGGAUUUCACAAUGUAAAAUAUACACCAGCAAUAUAUACACACUGCUACGAUGCAUCCGGUACACGUUUAUUCACAGCCGGCGGACCACUUCCAGCAAAUUUUUACGGAAACUACGCUGGGUUAUGGCAAUAAUUUAUAAUUACAAAGAUAAUAAUAAUAAUAAACAUUAAGAUCAAUUAUUAUCCUACAGUAAUUUAAAUUAUUUUAUAGGAAUUUAAACAUUGACAGCGGGAAGAUUAUUAUAUUUUUUUAUUUUAAAAUUAUUACUUCCGUUAUUAUUUGUUUUAAUGAUUUGUUAUUUAUUUUAACACCCGGUAAGUUUUCAUUGUAAUGCCAAACAAUUUAAUUGGUUUUAUUUUAUUUAAAUUUUAAGUUUUAAUCAUCACGUGAUUUUAGAUUAUUGUAGGCAUGUUAUUAUUAUUAUUAUUUUUUUUUGUUAGUAAAUAAAUCAAGUUCAUUAGUAAUAAGUAUAUAAAUAAAUUUUAAAAAAAACGUAAAAAUAUGUUAUAAAAACGAACUGAAUUAACUUAAUAAUUACGAUAAUCAAUUGAUAUAAUUUAAUUAUAUUUAUCAAGAAGCGCAAAAUAAUUGAAUUUAAUAGUAACAUUUAUUUAUAAACAAAAUAUUCUGUCAUC